UUGAUAAAAUUUUGCAUGAUAUAGAACAAAUCAAACGUUUGUUUUAGUAAUUUGUGUGUUGGAAACAAAAUGGCGUCGAGUGAUGAGCGUCCUGGACCGUAUCCGGCACGUAACGGGGCAGAGAACCAACCUCCGGGAGAUCCGGAGACGAUGAAGACAGUGAUGAUUGAUAAAGGAGCGGCGAUGAUGCAAUCUUUGAAGCCUAUCAAACAGAUGAGUCUCCACUUGUGUUCUUUCGCUUGUUACGGUCACGAUCCUAGCCGUCAGAUCGAAGUCAAUUUCUAUGUUCAUCGACUCAACCAAGACUUUCUUCAGUGUGCUGUUUACGAUAGCAACUCCUCUAAUACCCAUCUCAUCGGGGUCGAGUAUAUUGUGUCGGAGAGGUUAUUUGAGGCACUUUCACCGGAGGAGCAAAAGCUUUGGCACUCUCAUGACUAUGAGAUCCAGACCGGUCUACUAGUAACUCCAAGGGUCCCUGAGCUUGUAGCUAAGCCGGAGCUUCAAAAUAUUGCCAAAACGUAUGGGAAGUUUUGGUGCACUUGGCAGACCGAUCGCGGGGAUAAAUUGCCACUAGGAGCACCAGCACUGAUGGUGUCACCACAAGACGUGAAUAUGGGGAAGAUCAAGCCAGGGCUAUUGAAGAAACGUGAUGAUGAGUAUGGAAUUUCGACGGAGUCUUUGAAGGCGUCUCGAGUCGAUAUCAUGGGACUGGAGAGGAAAAACCCAAUGGCUGAUUAUUGGGUUCAUCACGGAAAAGGAUUAGCGGUUGAUAUACUCGAAACUGAGAUGAAGAAAUUAGCUCCGUUCCCGUAAUAAAGUUUGUGUGUACGUAUCGAAUAACAAUAAUAUGUUUAUAUGUCCAAUGUAGUCCGUAAUAUGUUUAUAUGUCCAAUGUAGUCCAUAAGACCAUUAGUAAAGUGGUGUAUAAUAUGUGUUUCACUAUAAAAUGUUUUAAGACCCCCA